AUGAGGAGAUUGGCUUUUCGAGGUGCUGGUUGUACUCUGAAGAAGUUGGAUUCCAUGGGUUCCAAGCGACGAAGGGCUACUUCUCCUUCCAGCAGCAUCAGUGGAGGAGAUUUUGAUGAUGGUCACCAUUCAACAAAUAUACCAGGCCCAAGCCGGAAAAGAAGGAGACUUUCAAAUCUCCCAACUGUAGAUCCUAUUGCUGUGUGCCAUGAACUGUACAACACAAUCAGAGAUUACAAAGAUGAACAGGGCAGGCUCUUAUGUGAGCUUUUCAUUAGGGCACCAAAACGAAGAAAUCAGCCAGACUACUAUGAAGUGGUUUCUCAGCCUAUUGAUUUAAUGAAAAUCCAACAGAAACUAAAAAUGGAGGAGUAUGAUGAUGUGAACCUACUGACUGCUGACUUUCAGCUACUAUUUAACAAUGCAAAGGCUUACUAUAAGCCAGAUUCUCCUGAAUAUAAAGCUGCCUGCAAACUUUGGGAUUUGUAUAUGCGCACAAAGAAUGAGUUUGUUCAGAAAGGUGAUGCUGAGGAGGAGGAGGAAGAGGAUGAAGGGCAUGACAAUCAAGGGGCAAUAUCUGAAGUAUCUUCUCCAAGCUACUUGAAAGAGAUUCUUGAACAGCUGCUUGAAGCUGUAGCCAUAGCCACCAACCCAUCAGGACGUCUCAUAAGUGAGCUGUUUCAGAAGCUUCCCUCUAAAGUGCAAUAUCCUGACUAUUAUGCAAUAAUUAAGGAGCCCAUAGAUCUUAAGACUAUUGCCCAGAGGAUACAGAAUGGAAGUUAUAAAAGCAUUCAUGCAAUGGCCAAGGAUAUAGAUCUUUUAGCAAAGAAUGCCAAAACCUAUAAUGAGCCUGGAUCUCAAGUAUUCAAGGAUGCAAAUGCUAUUAAAAAAAUAUUUAAUAUGAAAAAAGCUGAAAUUGAACAUAAUGAACUGGCCAAGUCAAGUCUUCGAAUCAGGACUCCAUCAAAUUUGGCUGCUUCCAAACUGACAGGUCCUUCCUCACAGGGUAAAGGCAGUGUUGGUGAUGAGAGAAAUUCUACUAACAAAUAUUACCGUAACAAAAGAUCAGUCCAAGGGGAUCGUUUAUCUGCAAUAACCAUGGCAUUGCAAUAUGGAUCAGAAAGUGAUGAGGAUGCUGCUUUGGCUGCUGCUGCCCGUUAUGAAGAAGGAGAGUCUGAAGCAGAGAGCAUCACUUCCUUUAUGGAUACUUCUAACCCUCUUUAUCAGCUUUAUGAUACGGUUAGAAACUGCCGAAAUAACCAGGGUCAGCUUAUAUCAGAACCCUUUUUCCAUUUGCCUUCCAAGAAAAAAUAUCCAGAUUAUUAUCAGCAAAUCAAAAUGCCUGUUUCAUUGAAGCAAAUCAGAACCAAACUGAAGAACCAUGAAUAUGAAACUCUAGACCACUUGGAGUGUGAUCUGAACUUAAUGUUUGAAAAUGCCAAACGCUACAAUGUUCCUAAUUCCGCCAUCUAUAAGAGAGUACUGAAAAUGCAGCAAGUUAUGCAGGCAAAGAAGAAAGAGCUAGCUAGGAGAGACGACAUUGAGGACGGAGACAGUAUGAUCUCUUCUGCCACAUCUGAUACUGGAAGUUCAAAAAGGAAAAGUAAAAAGAAUAUAAAGAAGCAGCGAAUGAAAAUCUUAUAUAAUGUUGUUCUUGAAGCUCGAGAGCCUGGCACAGGCAGAAGACUCUGUGAUCUAUUUAUGGUUAAACCCUCCAAAAAGGACUAUCCAGAUUAUUAUAAAAUCAUCUUGGAGCCAAUGGAUUUAAAAAUUAUUGAGCAUAACAUCCGCAGUGAUAAAUACUCAGGGGAGGAGGCUAUGAUAGAAGAUAUGAGGCUAAUGUUCCGAAAUGCAAGGCACUAUAAUGAGGAAGGCUCACAGGUAUAUAAUGAUGCCCAUAUCCUAGAGAAGAUUCUUAAAGAAAAAAAGAAAGAGCUGGGACCUCUUCCUGAAGAUGAUGAUAUCGCUUCCCCUAAACUAAAGCUAAGUAGAAAAAGUGGUAUUUCCCCUAAGAAAUCAAAAUACAUGACUCCAAUGCAACAGAAACUGAAUGAGGUGUAUGAAGCAGUGAAGAACUACACAGAUAAACGAGGCAGGCGAUUAAGUGCCAUCUUCCUGAGGCUUCCAUCUCGAUCAGAACUGCCUGACUAUUAUGUAACCAUUAAAAAGCCAGUUGACAUGGAAAAAAUAAGAAGUCACAUGAUGGCCAACAAGUACCAGGACAUCGAUUCCAUGGUAGAAGACUUUGUAAUGAUGUUCAAUAAUGCCUGCACUUAUAAUGAGCCAGAGUCUCUGAUUUACAAAGAUGCCCUUGUCCUACAUAAAGUUUUGCUUGAAACUAGAAGAGACAUAGAAGGAGAUGAGGAUUCUCAUGUCCCCAAUGUAACAUUGCUGAUCCAGGAACUUAUCCAUAACCUUUUUGUAUCCGUAAUGAGCCAUCAGGAUGAUGAGGGCAGGUGUUAUAGUGACUCCUUAGCUGAAAUUCCUGCUGUUGAUCCCAACUUCCCAAACAAACCACCUUUGACUUUUGAUAUUAUCCGAAAGAAUGUAGAAAAUAAUCGCUACAGGAGACUGGAUUUGUUUCAAGAGCAGAUGUUUGAGAUGCUAGAGAGGGCAAGGAGGAUGAACCGGACUGAUUCAGAGAUUUAUGAGGAUGCUGUGGAACUUCAGCAGUUCUUUAUUAAAAUCCGUGAUGAACUCUGCAAGAAUGGAGAGAUUCUUCUGUCACCAGCACUCAGCUACACCACCAAGCAUCUUCACAAUGAUGUAGAAAAAGAAAAAAAGGAAAAGCUACCCAAAGAAUUCGAAGAGGAUAAACUCAAAAGAGAGGAAGAGAAGAGAGAAGCUGAAAAGAGUGAAGAUUCUGCUGCAGGAGCUGGUCUGUCGAGCUUACAUCGGACUUACAGCCAGGAUUGCAGCUUUAAGAACAGCAUGUACCAUGUUGGGGAUUAUGUCUAUGUGGAACCUGCAGAAGCCAACCUGCAACCUCAUAUAGUCUGUAUUGAGCGAUUAUGGGAAGAUUCAGCUGGGGAAAAAUGGUUGUAUGGCUGCUGGUUUUAUCGACCAAAUGAAACAUUCCAUCUUGCAACACGAAAAUUUCUGGAGAAGGAAGUUUUUAAGAGUGAUUACUAUAAUAAAGUUCCAGUUAGCAAAAUUUUAGGCAAAUGUGUGGUAAUGUUUGUUAAGGAGUAUUUUAAAUUAUGUCCCGAAAACUUUAGAGAUGAGGAUGUCUACGUCUGUGAGUCUCGUUACUCUGCAAAGACAAAGUCUUUUAAGAAGAUUAAACUGUGGACCAUGCCCAUUAGCUCUGUAAGGUUUGUCCCUCGAGAUGUGCCCCUGCCUGUGGUCCGUGUCGCUUCUGUGUUUGCUAAUACAGACAAAGUGGAAGAUGAGAAACACACUGAAACCUUAGAGGAUAAUAAAGUGGGAGACAGUAUCCUUAACCUUGAAAAGGAGAAAGAAGAUGUUCCAGUGGAAAUGUCAAAUGGAGAACCUGGUUGCCACUACUUUGAACAGCUCCGUUAUAAUGAUAUGUGGCUUAAGGUUGGGGAUUGUGUCUUUAUAAAAUCACAUGGCUUAGUGCGACCUCGGGUGGGCAGAAUUGAGAAGAUGUGGGUACGGGAUGGAGCUGCAUAUUUCUUUGGCCCAAUCUUCAUACACCCAGAAGAAACUGAACAUGAACCAACUAAAAUGUUCUACAAGAAGGAAGUGUUUUUGAGUAACCUAGAAGAGACCUGUCCAAUGACCUGCAUUCUGGGAAAAUGUGCUGUGUUGUCAUUCAAGGACUUCCUGUCUUGUAGACCAACAGAGAUCUCUGAAAAUGAUGUUCUACUCUGUGAGAGCCGCUACAAUGAAAGUGACAAACAGAUGAAAAAAUUUAAAGGGCUUAAGAGGUUUUCACUCUCUGCAAAAGUAGUGGAUGAUGAAAUUUACUACUUUAGAAAACCCAUAGUUCCUCAGAAGGAGCCAUCACCACUACUGGAGAAAAAGAUUCAGCAGCUAGAAGCAAAAUUUGCUGAAUUGGAGGGGGGUGACGAGGAUAUUGAAGAGAUGGCAGAAGAAGAAGGUGAAAUCAUUGAAGCACCUUCUAUGCCUCAGCUUCAGACUCCACUGGCUAGUGAACUGGAUAUAAUGCCAUACACUCCACCACAGUCCACUCCGAAGUCUGCCAAGGGCAGCACGAAGAAGGAGGGAUCAAAAAGGAAGAUCAACAUGAGUGGGUAUAUCCUAUUUAGCAGUGAGAUGAGAGCUGUGAUUAAAGCUCAGCACCCAGACUACUCCUUUGGAGAGCUCAGCAGGCUUGUAGGAACUGAAUGGAGAAACUUGGAAGCAACCAAGAAAGCAGAAUAUGAAGAGCGGGCAGCUAAAGUUGCUGAGCAGCAGGAGAGAGAGCGAGCAGCACAGCAACAGCAGCAGAAUUCCUCCCCCCGGGCAGGCACUCCUGUCGGGGCUCUUAUGGGGGUGGUGCCGCCACCAACACCAAUGGGAAUGCUCAAUCAGCAGUUGACACCUGUUGCAGGCAUGAUAGGUGGCUAUCCGCCAGUGCUGCCACCUUUGCAGGGCCCAGUUGAUGGCAUUGUUAGCAUGAGCAGCAUGCAGCCACUUCACCCUGGGGUGCCCCCACCCCACCAACUUCCGCCAGGUAUGCCAGGCAUCCCAGGCAUCCCACCACCGGGUGUUAUAGGCCAAAGCGUUUCUUCCAUGGUAGGCACUCCGGCACCAGGAGGAAGUCCCUUUGGACAGCCGAUGGGAUUGCUUGGGCCACCUGGCCAGCAGGCACCACCUCCAUACCCUGGUCAAAGCCAAGCAAGUCAGCAGGUUAUACAGCAGCCCACAACUCCAAUGUUUGUCUCCCCUCCACCAAAGACACAGAGGCUUCUUCAUUCUGAGGCCUACCUGAAAUAUAUUGAGGGGCUUAGUGCUGAAUCAAAUAGUAUUAGCAAGUGGGACCAGACCCUUUCAGCACGAAGACGUGAUGUCCAUCUAUCCAAAGAACAAGAGAGCCGUCUUCCUUCACACUGGUUGAAAAGUAAAGGGGCCCAUACCACAAUGGCAGAUGCACUGUGGCGUCUUCGAGACUUGAUGCUACGAGACACCCUUAAUAUCCGUCAAGCAUACAAUAUAGAAAAUGUUUAA